CGAAUAACGAGAUGUAUAAUCCAUGAAUUGGUUGAGCCGUUGGUAGGCAGAUCACAUGACUAUCAAGGGUAGCACACAGCUAGUGUUAUCAUAACGACAUAGCUUAAACCAGCAGCCUCCGGAUUACAUACACAAGACAACGCCGACAUGCGUUGAAAUGUGUUGCUCUCCUUUUCACGGAAAUCUUGAUAACUCUUUCAAUUUUAAUCCCACUCGGAUCAGGACUUUUUCGAUACAAAAACAGGUUCCGUUCUUUAUUAGCACCGAGAUUUAAAGGAGAAAUUCCCGCCUUGAAAAUGGGCAAAAAUCAGCUGCGAAGGGCAAGAAAGAAGGCUCUAAAAUCCCAGGUGGUUGAGCCGACUUCUGACAACCCCCCCGCGGAAACCCAAGUUGAUGAAACCAUAACGUCGAGUGUCCCCAAGGCGGCCACUAUAGACCUACAACACGCUGUAUCUCCAGAUCCCAACGAUCCGCUAUGGCGGAUAUACAAAGAUAUUGUUGAAAAGUUUGACGAAACGGAGGAUGGGCAAACAGCAUCGAAGGAGACUCUCAAACCAGUAAUAUACUUUGAUGAUGACAAUGACAUACCAGAUGAGGAAGAGAAGGAGCCUUCAUUAUCGAAGCGGAAACGGAAGGAAUUGAACAAGCUUUCUGUCGCUGAGCUGAAAGCAAUGGUUCGGAGACCGGAAAUAGUUGAGUGGACAGAUACGUCAGCUCCUGAUCCUCGACUGCUUGUUCAUUUAAAGGCUCAUCGCAAUGUUGUUCCUGUGCCCUCCCAUUGGUCACUCAAAAGGGAAUAUCUGUCUUCUAAAAGAGGCAUUGAGAAGGCCCCAUUCGCCCUGCCGAGAUUCAUUCAGGAAACUGGGAUCUCGGAGAUGCGUGAUGCUGCUUUGGAGAAGCAGGAGCAGGCAACAUUAAAACAGAAACAGAGAGAGAGAGUUCAACCGAAGAUGGGGAGAUUGGACAUCGAUUAUCAAAAACUAUACGAGGCUUUUUUCCGAUUUCAGACUAAGCCUGAGCUUACUCGGUAUGGUGAAGUCUAUUAUGAGGGGAAGGAAUACGAAACCAAUCUUAGACACCUUCGACCUGGCGAGCUUAGUGCUGAGCUGAAAGAAGCACUUAAUAUGCCACCUGGAGCCCCUCCCCCUUGGUUGAUCAACCAACAACGAUACGGCCCACCUCCUUCUUAUCCUGCCCUGAAGAUCCCAGGCCUUAACGCCCCUCCUCCUCCUGGCGCUAUGUGGGGAUAUCAUCCUGGCGGUUAUGGAAAGCCACCUGUUGAUGAGCAUAACAGACCUCUGUACGGUGGCGACAUAUUUGGUGUGCUACAAUCCCAACAGGCCGUGCAACAGGGCGAACCCGUUGAAAAGGACCUUUGGGGAGAAUUACAAGCCCCUGACAUGUCAGAGGAGGAGAGCGAUGCAGAUGAGGACGGUGACAGUGCCGAUGGUGAGGAAGACGAUAUCGAGGCAGGCGUGCAAACCCCAAGUGGACUAGAAACUCCCAGCGGUCUAACCUCAGCUGUUCCAUCAGAGGUAACUGGUCACGAGAACAUUGCUGGUGAGUUUGAUGUGCGGAAGCACUAUCGGGGAACUCAAACCGAGGAGUCUGUGGGCCAAAGGAGCGCCUUCCAAGUUAUACCAGAGAGGCAAACGCAAGUGCAGGGGUUUUUCGGGGCUGAUAGGGCGUAUGAUCUUAGCGUAUCCUCGAAUGCUCUGCCCGUGCUUGGUUCAGAUGAACAUAGCAAAAAGCGCAAGAGGCCUGGUGACAUUGAUGUGUCUGUUGAUCCGGAUGCCUUGCACGCGAAUGAUGGUUUUGAUCGAGAAGAUAUAAAAAAGCUAUAUGAAUCCCAGCGGCAACAACAUACCCACCCGAAUUGGGAUUUUCAGGAGGAUUUGAGUGAUAUGAUUGCGCGUGAGAGUCGCAAAAGGCUCAGGUAGAACAAGGAACAAGACAGCAGGUGUCUCUUGAUAGCUCUUCCCGCGAAUAACACAAGUUGGACACAUCAAUACUUCGGUCAUUUCGCUAUUCUGUUUUUAAGGCCACAGUAAGACUUGAGGUACCUUAUAAAGCGCGUUGGCGUUGAGCAACACUAUGCCCUGGAUGUGAAGUUGGGAGUCGUACAUGAUCAAUCACUCUAUAUGAUUGUAGCAGUUCCGAUGGUUCUUUUAUAUAAACAUUGCCUGAUAUUAAAGAUGAUUGGGAUAGGAUCUACUUGUCAUGAUAGAAAGCCUGUCAACUAGAUAAG